UGGUGUGGUGGGGUGGGACUUGCAUGCCGAUGUUAGAGAGGAGACGCAGAUACGGGAAAGAACUCGCAAAUCGGAAGUGAAGCGAUACUGUUGUUUUAUUCAAAUACUGCUCGUCUCAACUUAGACUACUAGUCAGGUCAUCUUUGUAAGAUAUUUAAAAAAUGUCUUUUGUAAGUGAUACAUUAUACAAUAACUACAUUCGACCCAACAUCCCCUGUUAUGUGGAAAAAGUAAAAGCGAAUCAGGUGUUAAUGCAUAUUACCUGUCUCACUGACAAUGACAAGGAAGAAAUUAACGCCAAACUAUAUUCGUCUGGCAAUUAUGUUGCUAUGCAAAUGUUUUUCGAUUGCCUAAAGCGAAGAAAAAACUGGCCAAGCGAGUUUAUUGAAGCUCUUAAAUCAGUUAAGCAGGAUGACCUGGCCAUCGAGCUCGAGAGAGAAUAUUCCAGACUGAAAUACCCUCAGCGUAGCAGCCCAGUCCCUGCUCCCCAUCAGCCACCGGCUGUGUCUGUACCUGAUGCUCCCCCAACAGUAGCUUCUUCUCCCCCAUCAACCACCAACCAGCCCUUAAUCCCAUUAGAAGCUGCAGUCUACAUCCAUGGAAAUAAUAAUAAUAAUCCAGCUGCAGCUCCUCCAGCUCUUCCACAGAAUCCUUCAGAACCUCAUGCUUGGGUCUUACCUUCUCCAUCCCCAGUAUCUAAUGCCAUUGUUCAGACAUCCCUCCCAGCAAACCUCCUCCAAGGUGCUACUUCCCACUCCCAUGGCUCCCAUGCAAUCUCUGAUCCGGAGCCAGAAGUAGCCCCGGCCCCCUAUUCAGUUCUUUCCAGGCCAGAGGGGAACAGCAGAAGAGACCAGGUGGAAGUUAAGACCUCAGUUCAGGAAACUGCACCUCCACAUGCCAACUAUAACACAGUGCCAAGAGCUGUGGGACCUCCAAACAGCAACUCUGAUACAAAAAGAAAUCAGAUUGAUGCAAACCAUCAGCUUACAGGGGCACCCCAGGAAAGCAAAAUUAGAAGGUCUGUGGAUUCAUCUGGGAGACCACCUGCAGGCCCAGGCCAGACUGAGGCCAUCCCGUCAAUUAGAGGGGCCACAGCCGGAUCCGGGACAGAAGAAUAUUUAAGUAAGCCUGGCAUACUAAGAUCAACAAACAUUGAUGACCAGCCUUGCUCUGUGACUUCCAGUCAGCUGCAGCGUUCAGGUGAUAUAAUAGAAAGCCCCUCCAUGUCUGGUGUCAGCCAGGUCCCUGAAAAUCUUAUUAGGGGAACGCCACUCAGUGGAGUUGAAGACGACUGUUGCCCGUCCCAUGACACCUCUGCAUCGUCUCCCUGCCACAGUGCUGUGCCCAAUGGCCUCUUCAAUUUUGAAGAGUACAACAAGGAGCAGAAGAUUCAGGCAUUACGUGGCUAUCAGAACCCAAACCUGAUGGAUAGUUUAGUGGCUGUUGACAACCCCCUUCAGAUACAAGGUCAGUACAAUACUUUCCCAAAACUUGCUCAAAGUCCUAAAACAAGUGGGGCGUGCGGUCCAUCGGAAAAUUCAACCAUUAACAGGGGACAGCAUAGCGAGAGGAAACAAAGAAGCCCAUCUAAACCAUGGCGCAGUGUUGGAUCAGAAGAAAUUAGAUCCCCAAAUAUACCCAAAAGCUACAGCUCACCCACAGAUCAGCACCUUGGUACAAGAGGAAGGGAAACCACAGAGGGGACAGCCAGUUACUCAGAUGUCAGACAGGUUGUGGUGCAAUUUUCACAAAAUCCCAAUAUCGAUGAUCAUGCUUCAAAUCAGUUUAUACAGUUGAGAGAAAAAUCUCCUCAAAGCGGUCGAUCUUGGUCUGACUCUGAGCGUCCGCAAACAAGUUUGCAUACACGUGAAUGGGAGAAUUUAGGAUCAAUCUCAGUGCAGUCGCUUGAAAAUAACCAAAGAGAGCCCAGAGGUGAUGCAAGAAGGCAGUUUGAUGCCUACCUGUUCCCAGCCAUUGCCAUUGCUGCUUCAUCCGUUGCUGCUGUGCUGUUGUGGAGAUACAUGAAAAAGUAGGAAACCUGUCAAAUUCAAGGUAAAUGUUUGCUAAAAAAAAUUACUACUAAAUUAAGAUGAAAGUACGGCUAAAUGCAAGGAAUAUGUAUUUAGCAGUAUUUCUUACUUAAUUUAUUGUAUUUAGCAAUUAUGUGGCAUGUUGCUAAAUUACUAUAUUUUAAAUGUAAAUCUAAAAUCAACAGAUUAUUGGGCUAAAAAAAUAAUGUUAUAACUAAGCAAAAGUAAGGUUCUUGUUCUUGCGCUCAGCGAUCAGAUGUAUUGAAUGCCUUUUCCGUAUUGAAUGCUACAGGGGAAAUAAGUUUGUAACAGGAUCUCAUUUUGAAUCCUAGCCUUAAAUUUAUUCAAAUCAUAUAACCAGAAUAAUAUUGUGUGUGCUUGGAUUUAAAAUUAAAAAAAAAAUAAUUAAUCAGCCUUCUCAACCAACUCUGCGUUCACACAAUGGACAUUUACAUAACUUGACCUUUGAUCACAUGCGUAUAUUGCUUUGUGAGAGAGAUUAUCGAAAAGCAAUGAAGAUUGAUUUGCUACGCCUUACUUAGUCUUUCUAUUUAAACAUAUAUGUCUUGUUUGUAUAGUUUCAGUCUUUGGGAGAGUAUAUUGGGGAUUGCACUGUAACUAGUUGUUUUAAAAGAAAGCACUUUGAAGCUAUUUAUCACUGCAGGUUUUAAUGCAACAUAGAUUGUAUUUUGGCCUUAUCAAUGUAUAAUCAAAUCCCAGCUAUCAUUGGUAAUUGUUCAGGCAUCUGGUAGUGUACAAACAUUAGGGCACUGUUUUCUGUUUCCAUGACAAAUGUGUAAUGUGUAACUAUAAAACACGCAAUAGCGCUACAAUGUUAAAAGAAGAUUAAUAAAUCAAAUUACAUGUGAAUAUGUCCCAAAUCCUAACAUCUUUUAAAAGGAAAAUGUUGUCAUAACCCAUGUACCCAUGGGAUAUUGUAUGAAAUGCAGAACCACCAGGGCAGGACAUUUCUUGUGUUUUUACUGAAACGCCUUGCUUCCAAAGUAUCUUUGUGACUGAAGGUUUUAGUAAGCAGCCUAAGCCGUGUCACGUUUGCAGUGGUACCCCAAAUAUCAUCCAUUUACAACCAAUGUAGAACAGUUGCUCUUUAUUGCAUUUCUGAAAUGGUGAAUGAAAAAACGAAGGCAAUGAUCAGUGCCCCAUUUAUCUUUCUUAAUACUUUUGAAAAGGCAGUGUAUACCAGAUCCACCCUUGCUGGAGCCCCCCGGGGGUAACACUGUCGUAUUAACUAUAUCUAUAUCUGUAUUGGACAGGUGCUUGACAAGGUCAUAUCUGAUACAGUAAUUCCUCAAAUGGCUUUUAAUAAUCAUAUAAAAUAAUAAGCAAAUAAAAUACAGAAUACCAAUCGGUGAUAUCAGGGGAUUAUCUUACCAAAAUAUACUAUAUAGAAUUAUAGUAUAUCCCAUUAUAUAUUCCCCAUUGUAGUGUAUCUGUCACCAGGUAACCCUUUUUUAAAUUGAAUUCAGUUGCCCGAUGCCUGAAAAUUGCAAUGUUGUCAACUUUUGAAGCCAUCUCUUUGGUUGUAAUUGAAUUCAUAUUAAAAGGAUUGUAGUAAAUGUUUUCCGAACUAAGCAAAUUUUAAAAAAGGAUAUACAUAUUUUUUAUGCAUAUGUUUUUGUGUUUUUUUUUUUUAAGUUAGAAAACUAAUAUAAAUUUGCACUUUGUAUUUAGUUAUAUCACUGUCUGUGGAUGAUUGAACAGUCAUUUGCAUGUACUGUACAAUAAAAAUAAAAUUGUAUUGAUUA